GGGGCGGAGCGGGGCGGAGCUAAACGGGGCCGGGGCGAUGCUGGCGGCGCCGGCCGCCGCCUGGUCCCUGCUGGCUGCCGCCUUCCUGGCGGCGCUGCUGCUGCUCCGGCGGGCCCCGGCGCCGCGGCCCGGUGGCGCUGGCCUGGUGAUCUCCGGCCUCUUCCAGGACCUCAUUCGCUACGGGAAGACGAAGCGCGGGUGCGAGCAGCUCCCGGGCUGGCUGCGGCUCCUGCAGGUGCCCAAGAGGUGGUUUACACACUUUUAUGUGGUUUCUGUGCUCUGGAAUGGUUUUCUGCUGAUCUGUCUUUUCCGAGCUGAGUUCCUUGGAGAGUCAUUCCCAUCAUGGAUUCAGGACAUGCACCAUGCUCUUGGCAGAGAUUCUCAGGGCAAGGACACGGAUAGUGAGCACUUCUCUGCGCUCCUGGUUCUCUUGCUCCUUUGGCUGCAUAGCUGUCGAAGACUUGCAGAAUGCCUCUGGACCAGUGUGUUUUCCAGUGGUGUCAUUCAUAUCGUGCAGUAUUGCUUUGGACUUGGUUACUACAUUGCUGUUGGCUCAACUGUGCUGUGUCAAGUGCCUACUAAUGUCAGGAAUGGAAAAAAGCUUUCUGUGCAGAUCUGCUGGUAUCACAUUAUAGGAGUUAUGAUGUACAUUUGGGCCUCUCUUCACCAACACAGAUGCCUUGCAAUUCUAGCUAAUCUUAGAAAAAGCAGAUCAGGAAAGGUUGUAAGUCUGAGCCACAGUGUACCUUUUGGAGACUGGUUUGAGAGCGUCUCUUGCCCUCAUUAUUUUGCAGAGCUCCUCAUAUAUGUUUCUAUGGCCAUCACACUUGGAAUGCACAAUGUGACAUGGUGGUGUGUAGUGAUGUAUGUUCUUUUUAACCAGGCACUGGCUGCUGUUUUGUGUCAUGAGUUUUAUCAGAAAAACUUUAGCUCCUACCCAAAGCAUCGAAAAGCAUUUAUACCACUUGUUUUUUAGAGAAUUUUUUUCUAAAGUAUUUUAAUGAAAGCUGGGAAUAUAAGAGAUUAAUGGUUUAUUAAAACCAAGAUAAAGUCGUACACUUUCUCUAAUUCUACCUCAAAAGCCCAUAAUUUUAAUGAUAAUCUCAUCCAGUUGACCAAUUUCUGAGGAAAUUUAAGGUCUCUGCAUAUCAUGCAAGCUAAAAAAGGUUUACUGAAGACCUUAAUUCAAAGUGGAGAAAUGAUUCUUUUCUCUUUUAUAAUUAUAUCUUAUGCAUAAAACACUUGCUGUUGUGCAGCAAGUCCAAAUUUAUAUAUGUGAAAACUAUUGAAAGGAGGGAAUCAUUUGAACUACUGUACUUCAUGUCUUGACUAAUAUUUAAGCGUAUUUCUUUCCAAGUCUCUUUCCUUUGAAUCACUUCAGAGGGAGGCAAAUUGUGUAUCUUUCUGUGCUUCCCUGGUGACAGUGAAAACCAGCCUCUGCUUUACAACUGUAAGCACAAAAAGAGAUGGAGAAAGCUGUGGUGGAGGAGUGACUCAUGCUCAGCAGUGGAGAUAAACAGACCCAUUCGCUGCAUUACCUCUUCUGCACCAAAGUGGUUCUGUUCAUUGAUGAAGACUGCUUUAUCCCUAAAUUGGGAAAAUGGUGGAAGAUCCUCUGACUAAAAAUACAGUAGAAGAGAAUUCGCAGAAAAUUAAUGUUCUUGGUUGUGGUUCUGUUGUCUUUAUAGUGGGUUUUUGGAGCCCCUCGUGUGUUGGAGGGGACAGCUGUGCAGGAUGACCAUGACCACGACUAUACUGGUUUCUAAACAGAUAUAAUGAACUGACAAGGCAGAGCAGACACAGAAAACAGUGUGACAAGCAUUGCGAAGAAAUUCUUUACUGGGGAGAUAAUGUAACUCAGCACAGGGACUUUUUUUUUCACACUUAACUAUUGAAUAUCUUAGUCCUUCUUAUGACACUGGUGUGAAUGAUCAGUUUGUGUGAUGAAGUGAUAUGGGUGCUGGUGUUUCAGCAUGUUGUCUACUUACAUGCACACAUUAUUUUGUAUAUAAGAAGUAUUUUUAUACACUGAAGUUUAUCUUGUGAAUUGCCUAAUUAAAAGCUUGUUAUACUCUGUUUCUAUUUUGUAUGGUUUUUCAAAAUUGAACUUAUAUAUUUGAAGAACAUGAGCAAUCACUUUAUUGCUCCUCAGGAAGCACAUUCCUGUCCUUGCUCUGGCGAGAGCAUCGGGGCACACAGCUAUCCUGGGGUCCCCAGGGAGAGCAUCACCUGGACUGCUGUGUCGAGUUCUGGGCUCCUCAGUUCAGGAGAGACAUGGAGCUCCUGCAGCAGGUCCAGCAAGGGCAACAGAGGUGGUUAUGGGAUUGGAGCAUCUCUCUUACACAAGACAAGGUGGAGGAAGCUGGGCCUGUUAAUCCUCAAGAAAAGACUGAGAAGGGAACUCAUCAGUGUCUACAAGUAUCUAAAGGUGGGCAUGGUGCCAAGAGGAUGGAUUCAGGCUCACCUCGGUGGUGCCAACCAACGGGACAAGAGGCAAUGGGCAGAAACUGAUACACACGAAAUUCCACCUGAAAGUUCCUGUACUGUGCAGGUGACUGAGCACUGGAGCAGAUUUCCCAGAGAAGCUGCGGAGUGUCCCUCACUGGCGGCAUUCAGGAACUGCCGGACACAGCCCUGUGCCGUCUGAGCAGGGGGCUGGACGGGAUGCCCGCUGUGGCCGCUGCCAGCCCGACCCGAUCUGUGAUUCCGUGCUCGGGGCCCCGCUGGGCUCACGCAUCCACGAAGCGCUGCUGCGCAUUUGGCCAACGGCGAAACCGACACGCGUCCGGGCCGUUCCUAUGCGGAUUUUUUUGCCGCCUUACGCAGCCGCUGCUCGUCCCUCCCGCUGCGCCCUUUCCCUGCCCGCAAGCAACGCCGAACGGGAAAGGGACGCGCUCGGACGCGCCCGCUCCGCGGGAACGCCGCGCAGCCGCCUUUGGCCGCCGCCGGGAGCCGAAGGAGGGAGCGGGCGGCGGCGC